UAUCCCGGCACUGAGGGUGGGAGAUAAGAGGCUGGCAGACGAGACGGGACAGACGCAGGCAUGGCUCGCCUCAACUGGUGCCUGGCUGCCGUCAUCAGCUGGGGCAAGUUCCUCUUCGCCUGCUUCUUUCCUCUGCGGGGGGCCAAGCGAGACAAGCCCGACGAGCUGGAGGGCGUCCACACACACACCUUUAAGCUGAAGCCAUUCAAGAAGGCCAAGAGCUGUGAUAUAUGCAAGCAGGCCAUCACCAAGGAGGGCCUCAUCUGCAAAGCGUGCCGACUGUCCUGCCAUAAAAAAUGUGAAGUGAAGGUCACCACAUCAUGUCAAACAACUACCAACUAUGAGCUGCCUCCCACUCCUCAGCUGCCAUUAAAGCAUGUAGAUACACCGGGAUCUACGAGGUCCUGCAAGAGUGUGGAGAUAAGGCGAAAGCAGUCGCGGAGUCAGAGUGUGGUUCAGGCCAUGGAGGAGAGCUAUGAGGUGGACCUGGUCUACAUCACAGAGAGGAUCAUCUCUGUCUGCUUCCCCGCCGGCGCCGAGGAACGCAGCUACACCAACAACCUCAAGGAGGUGGCGACUAUGCUGCGGUCCAAACAUGGCGAGCACUAUCUGAUACUCAACCUGAGCGAGUGGGGGAGUGACUUAUCAAAGUUAAACCCUAAGGUUCUGGAGUUUGGCUGGCCAGACCACCAUGCGCCAGCACUGGACAAGAUCUGCAGCAUGUGCAAGGCCAUCGACACAUGGCUCAAUGGAGACCCGCGCAACGUAGUGGUUCUGCACAACAAGGGGAACCGAGGUCGAACAGGGGUAGUGGUGGCAGCGUACAUGCACUACAGCAACAUAUCUGCAAGUGCUGACCAGGCAUUGGACAGGUUUGCCAUGAGGCGCUUCUAUGAGGACAAAGCACUUCCUGUGGGUCAGCCGUCACAGAUAAGGUAUGUGCGAUAUUUCAACGGCCUUCUUUCCGGACACAUAAAAAUCAACAACAAGCCUCUGUUCCUGCAUCAUGUCAUCAUGCACGGCAUUCCCAACUUUGAGUCCAAAGGAGGUUGCCGUCCUUUCCUGAAGAUCUACCAGGCAAUGCAACCAGUCUAUACAUCAGGAAUAUACAAUGUGCAAGGAGACAGCAACACCAGUAUCUGCAUCACUAUUGAGCCCGGCCUGCUUCUGAAGGGAGACAUCUUGCUGAAGUGUUACCACAAGAGGUUCAGAAACUCCACCAGGGAUGUGAUGUUCAGGGUGCAGUUCCACACCUGCGCCAUCCACGACCUGGGAGUGGUGUUCGGGAAGAACGAGCUGGAUGAGACCUUCAAAGAUGAGAGGUUCCCAGAGUAUGGGAAGGUGGAGUUUGUUUUCUCGUAUGGACCAGAAAAAAUUAAAGGCCUGAGCCACCUGGAGAACGGACCGAGUGUUUCUGUGGACUACAACACUCAGGAAGCUCUGAUCCGCUGGGACUCAUACGAGAGCUUCAGCCAGCGCUGCGAGGACACUGUGGACGGAGAGCACGAUGUUGGUCACACCCAAGGUCCACUUGAUGGAAGCCUAUAUGCUCGGGUCCGCAAGAAAGACUCCCUGGAGGGAGUUGUCACCAUCAAUGGCCUCCCAGUCCAUGAAAACCCCUUGACCAAUGCCGAGAAUUCGUUACAACACCCCAGCCAUCCUCUCCAAACCACUGACCAGACACUUCCUGUGACAGGCCACGCCUCUCUCCCUGCUGUCGACCACACCCUGUCUGUGAGCAGCGACUCAGGCAACUCUACCGCAUCCAUCAAGACUGAUCGCACCGAUGAGCACAGCCAGUCCGUGCAGAGCGCUGUGAACCACAACAACGCAGCAGCAACUCACCCACCACUCAGCCCACAAGAGAAACGAGAACUUGACCAGCUUCUGAGCGGUCUCGAAGCACCGACUCAUCAACGACAAGCCUACCUGUCCACAUCUACCAGUCCAGGAGGAGGUAUACGACACCUGGUUCCAGCCCAGGUGCACGUCAACGGGGGCCACACCAGGCUAGUUGGUGCCCCUUCAACUGAUGAGCGUGAGACAGAUAUUCUCGACGACGAGCUGCCCAAUAGCCAAGAGGGCAACAGUGUGGACAGCUUGGGCACACUCUCAUCCCUAGAGGGCCAGGCAACACCAGCUGACCUCUAUUACCAAUCACAGACGCCCACUAGCAGGCAGAACGACGGACCCUACCUUGAGAGAGUUGUUCUUGGGGAAAAGUUGAGCGAGAUGCCUGUGCAUGGGGUACGAACGCCCACGGCGAUGCAAGAGAGGAAUGUGGACUCUGCAUCGCCACAGGGGGGAUACAACAACUACCAGAACGGAGGAGGCAUGUACCGUUCACAGUCCUUUGGAAAUCCGCCUGCCGGCAGCCCAGAGACCAACCCUAAACUCAUGCCAAGGGCGCCAGAGAGGAGCACCAGUAGUCGGGAGGCUGUUCAAAGAGGCCUCAACACCUGGCACCAGCACAGCCUCCCAGAUGAUCCGUUUGGCCCUCCUCUUCAGUCAACCCAUAGCUUGCCCCACUUCCCCACCUCAGCGUCGCAGCGGGACAUUGAGCAGUCCAUUGAGGCGCUCAACAUGCUCAUGCUCGACCUGGAUCCAAUCAACUCCCACAUGUCCAAGUCCCACAGUGCACCUCCUGGGGAGAACAGCCUCAACUCAUCCCAGGUGCCCUUCUCACAGACCCUUGCAAGGCCGUCAUACCAAGGAGACUCCGCAAUCCAUGGUUACAACAACUCCGGGUCUGUCAACAACAACUUUCAUCAGCGAUCGACUGGCAGAGUCUCAGCUUUGCCCAACCAGAGCCCCGUGAUGGAGUCCCCGGUGUACUCUCCUCAAAGGUCCAACGCCGGCUACCAACACCAAAACACCACCCCAACACACACCCCGGAGCCCUACCUCCACACACGCCAAGCAGCCCACAACUACCCAACAGAUCCCUCCCCGAAUUUCAACCAGCAGGUCCCAGUGAAGCCGGUGAACUCAUACCCAGGCGGUGUGGUUUCCCACUCCCCGGACCUGCAGGGUUCUCCCUAUCCAGGCUACAGUGCCUCUUCCUCUCCUCUCCCUGCACUCACGCCCCAGCCAAAGGACACGUCUUCGUCAUCCCUGCCCAGAGAACAAGAUGCAGAGGAGGAGACGUUAAACUUGGAGGGCCUGGUGGCUCACCGCAUCGCCGAGUACAACGCUCGUAUUCGGGGCAUCAGUGAAAGUAUGACCCCGCAACAAUCUGAUCGACGUCGCUCCUUUUCCUUCUCUGGGGUUCGCUCCAGAGGAAUGACCCCAGAAGUGACACAGGAGACAGGUCGGCGUCGGACCACCAGCGAGGGACAGUACCAGAGCAGCCAUGAUAACACGCCCAUGGUGGAUUCGCCAGACUUUGCCCAAAAUCUGUCCCUCAACCCAGGAGGAAGACCCAGAGAGGGUCCCAUGCACAGCUACAGGGAGGCGUUUGAGGACAGCGACACGGACCGGUUUGCCAACAGUCCCACCUUUGGAAGUGGCGGUGGUGAGAAUUCCCCUCAGACCCCCAGCUUCCCCGUGUCGCCACAGACUCCUUACUUCAACAUGUCUCGCUCUCCUCCAGGUCUGACCAAGACUCCUCUGUCAGCACUGGGACUGAAGCCUCAUCAACAGAGUGGAUCAGACUCUGAAUCUAAUGAUGGAGAGCAAGAUAAUCGCAAUUUUGGGGACUCCAGAGCACAACCGCUCAACGUUCCUCUCUCCUCAAGCAGUCCCGUUCACAGUGCUGAUGGAAGAAGGACUGGUUCUUCCGAUGGCACCCCGCAUAACCCCUCCUACCCUCACAGGCCUGCGUCCCCUGAAGGCUCCCAGGUCAACAUCAUGGGCGUCCACACCGUCCCCGGCAGCCCCAACACCCUCCACCGCACAGUGGCCACCAACACGCCUCCGAGCCCCGCCCUCCAGAGACGCCUGGGUCAAGCCAGCCCCUCACUAGCCAGACACCCCUCUCCUGGCAUCCCCUCCAGCCCUCUGAUUGGUCGAAAAACACCUGCAACUGGCGUGCCCCCUAGCCCCCUGAUGGGACGCCGCACUGCAGCGAGCGGCCACGGCACACCUGACGAGCAGGGGGCUGCUUCACGUCAAGGGAGCGCCCCGCCACCCUUCACACCAGCCUUCCCAGUCUCCCCGCAGCUGCCUGAGAAGAGGCACAUGUCCAGCGGAGACGCAGAGAGGACGGACAACAAGAACUUGACGCCAGCUAGCGGUGGCAGCACGCCAAACCUGUCUGGCACACACACGCUCCCAGACGUCUCAAAGUCCAUAUAUGAUGGUUAUCCAGACAUUAAGAUGAAUGUCAAGUUUGUCCAGGACACGUCCAAGUUCUGGUACAAGCCAGACAUCACCAGAGAGCAAGCCAUUAAUCUGUUGAAGGACAGGGAGCCUGGGGCGUUCAUCAUAAGGGACAGCCAUUCCUUCCGUGGCGCCUACGGUCUGGCCAUGAAGGUGGCCUGUCCUCCACCAACUAUCCAACAGAACAAAAAAGUUGGCGACAUGACUAAUGAGCUGGUGAGACACUUCCUGAUUGAGACGAGCCCCAAAGGCGUCCGUCUGAAGGGUUGUCCCAAUGAACCCUACUUUGGUUGUCUUUCUGCUCUGGUGUACCAACACUCGAUGACUCCACUGGCUCUGCCCUGUAAGCUGAUGAUCCCCACCAAAGACCCAAAUGAAGAGGCGUUGGAGCUCGCCACACCCACCGAUCCAGUUGCUGAACUUUUGAAGCAGGGAGCAGUUCAAAAGGUUCCCGAGGACGCCCAUGCGUGCAAUGUUCUCUACAUCAACUCUGUGGACAUGGAGUCUCUCACGGGGCCUCAGGCCAUUGCCAAGGCGAUCAGUCAGACACUGGCGACCAACCCUCUGCCUGCUGCCACCACCGUUCACUUCAAAGUGUCAACACAGGGCAUCACACUCACCGACAGUCAGAGGAAACUUUUCUUCAGGCGACACUAUCCCAUCAACACGGUAACCUACUGUGACAUUGAUCCACAGGACAGAAAAUGGGGCAAAGAAGGAGGUGGCUCCGUGAAGCUUUUUGGAUUCGUUGCGAGGAAACAAGGAAGCACAACAGACAAUGUCAGCCACCUGUUCGCUGAACUGGACCCAGAUCAGCCCGCCUCCGCCAUCGUCAGCUUCGCCUCCAAAAUGAUGAAGCGGUGAAACCCCUCAACGUCCAAAUGGCAGCUGCCAUUUUGAAAUCUUCCUUCAUCAUUGGUGUCUUUUAUCGCCAGGACUCGAUGAUGUCCUUUCUUUCUGUUUUCUGUUGUUUCUGUUUCUCUCUCUUUCUUUUCUCUCUGCCUUGCUGGUUUGUCUUUUUUGGAGAGAGUCUCUAUUUGAAGGAUUUGGGUGAGGAUCCAGAGUGGCGUUAGCGGAUGUGUGGGGUGGAGCUGUGAACGUGACAAACAUGGAGGCCAUCGAAGGGAGAAAAUUUACAAACAGGGGAACCUGUACAAGAAGAAAAAUGCUAAAGACUAAAGGAACAAUGCUAAGUUCAGUCGAGGAACUCGUAAGGACUCGUAAGUUUCAGGGUUUUAUGUUGUCGUUUUCGUUGAUUGAUUUACCAAAGGUAGUUGCAAUACAAGUGCAAGAAUGAUGUAGCUAUUAAGCCAUUAUUAUUUCCUCUUUUCAAAAGAUGAAGUGUUGAAAAAAAACACAAAAAAAAAGACAAGUCUUCAGGAAAAAAGUUGGCCUUGAUGGCUUUUAGCAAAACAGUGUCUGAAGACCUUAUGCAUGUUAGCUUGAUCUUUAAGCUUGGUUCUUCUACCUUCCACAAAAAUCAUUGUGAAAUCUUUAGAGUGGUCAUUUCCGGGUCUGUUGUGUGUUGGAAAGGGCUCUGCAGUGAAACAACGACUGAUCUUAAACUGCGCAUAGACUCAAAAAAAAAAAAAAAAAAAAAAAAAGAAAGAAAAAGACACGCUAAGGUCACCGCACUUUGUGUCACACUUGCAUCACCUCCGGUCCAAGCCUGAUCUCUCUGUAAAAACUCUUUAUCGGAUUCCUUAAAUCAGCAUGGCAUACGGAGAGAGGAAGACUGUUUGUCCACAAGGUGGCGCCACUCAUUCAGGCUUGGACCUCCCUUUUCCCCAUCACCAACUGCUUGCAGUAGUGGAUCUGUUGAUAGACGCUGCCACUGAAACACACUGGAAAUCACCAGGGACUGGCCCAAUGACCUGGACCUAUGCACUGUUCUUUAUGCAUGUUGUUGUCCCAAAUUGCACCCUCCCUCAUAGCUACAUUCAACAUCACUGAAAACAUUCUAUGCUGUGUGCUAAAAACGACUUAACGGACACUGAGGUUGUAUGACUUGUCAAAGACUGCAUGAAAUAGACAUUUUUUUGUACUCCUCCUCCUCAGAAAACAAAGUAGACAAACCCAUUGUUGAAGUAGUCACAUGAUGGUGAGAUAUUUUUUUGGUCGAUUUGAGCCAGGGUUACCUUUCACUGUACCAAGGACAGUCUUUGUUUUUCCUCACAGUGUCGUCGAAAAUCUACAUUUAGAUACCUUUUAGAGCAAAAGGAAAAAAAAAAUACACACACUGUGCGCAAAUGCCUGCUUGUUGAACACACGCUCAACCAUUCACAAUAAGCUAAGGAAAAUUGAUAUAAAUGUACAUAGAUAUACUACUUUGAAAGGUGACAUAGCGAAAAAGUAUUUAUUUUUGUUGCUUUGGUCCCUCAUGAUUACUCAUAUAUACAUAUAUUGUACAGUCUAGAUAAAGAAGAUUACCUAAUGGGUUGAGAAAAAAAUAUAUACUUAUUUUGGCUAAUGAUUUCAAAGUCUGACGAUUUUGAAAUGUGUUUGAAUAUAUGGUGUACAUUACUUUGUACAUGUAUAUGUUUUUUGGCUCGUCAUGUUUUUUUUUCAUUUUUGCGUUCUCUCCGAACGAGGUAGGGCAUGAAUGAGGUAGAAGAAUUGCAUGGACAGAUGCAUUUGGGGCGCGUUUCGGCAGCGAGGAACACGCUCAAAAAUGGCGCAAAUGUAGUAGAUGUUAAGGUUUUUAGAAAAGGGAUAAAAGUUUCGAACCUCAAAUGCAAUACGAAAACAGCUGUAUACACCCAUGACAGUUACAAUUAUAAUUUUGCCAAAGAUUCAAACACUUUAUGCUGACUGGCUGCAUGUCGCUUUUUACGUUCGACGCCAUUUUUCACACCUUGCUCAGCUUUAGCAGCAAAUUUAAGAAGGACGGGACACAGAAAUGUGUAUUAUUGGUCAUGCGAGUAACACACGGGCCCAUAAAGUGAGACAAAAGCAUGGACUUUAUUAAUAAUUUGUUUUUUUCUGGUGUCUCAAUGCUCCAAAAACGCUCCUUUGGAAGUGUGUAAACAAAGCACUUACAUUCACAAAAGAAAAUUCCAUAUGGGUGUCAUUGUUGGACGUAGAUGAAGUUGUCUCAUUGUAAAGCUCUACAGCUGAAGCUUUGUCAGACUGCCAAAGGUGUCGUCUCCGGGCCCUCUCGAGAAACUCACUGAUUUAUUUAUUCUUAUUUAUUCUUUUUUUUCCUGACAUGUUUUUCAAGAAACUUUCAUCGUCGCAUCAUCACACUAUCGCACGGUCAGUGAUAACAGAUGGAGGAAUGUAUGGCGGCGCUUUACUGAGAGCAAAGAGGUACAGUGUCAUUUGGAGAGGAAAAGAAACAAAACACAAAAAAUAAAUCUCUAAAUUUUAAAAAAUCUAAAACUCACAUUUUGCCUGUUGGCUUUGAGUCAAGCGUCACCUUGUUUCAGUGGAAAAAGAAGUGAUUUCUGUGACCCCUAUGUACAGACGGGACUUGUUGUAUGAAUGUGCUAAUAUGAAUGUACAAAAGGGUCUCAGAUUUUGUUUGCGCUUAUCAUUUACAUUAUAUUGUCAUGGCUUACCUGUUCCUAAGGAGAAAAAAAACAUUAAAGCAAUACAAAUCAGUUACAUUAAA